AUGGCGGACGCCGACAAGCCCGAGGCGGCCGGGGCCGCCGGCGACGACAGCCCGCGCCCGCAGCCCGCGGAGCCGUCGGCCGAGCCUCGGCGGGAGCCGCCGCCACCGGAGCCGGAGAAGCAGCCGCCGCCGCGCAGCAGCAGCUCCAACGGCGUGAAAAUGGAGAAUGAUGAAUCAGUAAAAGAAGAAAAAUCUGAAUUGAAAGAAAAAUCUACAGGAAAUAAGAAAACCAAUAGAUUUCAUCCUUAUUCAAAAGACAAGAAUUCAGGCACUGGAGAAAAGAAGGGUCCAAAUCGUAACAGAGUUUUUAUUAGCAACAUCCCAUAUGACAUGAAAUGGCAAGCUAUUAAAGACCUAAUGAGAGAAAAAGUUGGUGAGGUUACAUACGUGGAGCUCUUUAAGGAUGCGGAAGGAAAAUCAAGGGGUUGUGGUGUGGUUGAAUUCAAAGAUGAAGAAUUUGUAAAGAAAGCCCUAGAAACUAUGAACAAAUAUGAUCUUAGUGGCAGACCCCUGAAUAUUAAAGAGGAUCCUGAUGGAGAAAAUGCUCGUAGGGCGUUGCAACGAACAGGAGGAUCAUUUCCAGGAGGACAUGUGCCCGAUAUGGCAUCAGGGUUGAUGAAUUUACCACCUUCCAUUCUCAAUAAUCCAAACAUUCCUCCUGAGGUUAUAAGUAAUUUGCAGGCUGGUAGACUUGGUUCAACAAUUUUUGUUGCUAAUCUUGACUUCAAAGUUGGUUGGAAGAAGCUAAAGGAAGUGUUCAGCAUAGCUGGAACUGUAAAGCGGGCAGAUAUUAAAGAAGACAAGGAUGGCAAGAGCAGAGGAAUGGGCACAGUCACUUUUGAACAAGCAAUUGAAGCAGUUCAAGCAAUUUCUAUGUUCAAUGGGCAGUUUUUGUUUGAUAGACCUAUGCAUGUGAAAAUGGAUGACAAGUCUGUCCCUCAUGAAGACUACCGGUCCCAUGAUAGUAAAACUCCACAAUUACCACGUGGUCUUGGAGGCAUUGGAAUGGGACUUGGUCCAGGCGGACAGCCUAUUAGUGCCAGCCAGUUGAACAUAGGUGGUGUAAUGGGAAAUUUGGGUCCAAGUGGUAUGGGAGUGGAUGGUCCCAGUUUUGGUGGAAUGAAUAGACUUGGAGGAGGAAUUGGGUUUGGUGGUCUGGAAGCAAUGAACAGCAUGGGAGGAUUUGGAGGAGUUGGCCGAAUGGGAGAGCUAUACCGCGGUGCAAUGACUAGUAGCAUGGAGAGAGAUUUUGGACGUGGCGAUAUUGGAAUAAAUCGAGGCUUUGGAGAUUCCUUUGGUAGACUUGGCAGUGCAAUGAUUGGAGGGUUUGCAGGAAGAAUAGGAGCUUCUAACAUGGGUCCAGUAGGAUCUGGAAUAAGUGGUGGAAUGGGUGGUAUGAACAGUGUAACUGCAGGAAUGGGGAUGGGACUGGAUCGGAUGAGUUCCAGCUUCGAGAGAAUGGGUCCAGGCCUCGGAGCUAUCCUGGAAAGGAGCAUCGAUAUGGAUCGAGGAUUUUUAUCGGGUCCAAUGGGAAGUGGAAUAAGAGACAGAAUAGGCUCCAAAGGCAACCAAAUAUUUGUCAGAAAUCUGCCUUUUGACUUGACUUGGCAGAAACUAAAAGAGAAAUUCAGUCAAUGUGGUCAUGUCAUGUUUGCAGAAAUAAAAAUGGAGAAUGGAAAGUCAAAAGGCUGUGGAACGGUCAGAUUUGACUCCGCAGAAUCAGCUGAAAAAGCUUGCAGAAUAAUGAAUGGCAUAAAAAUCAGUGGCAGAGAAAUUGAUGUUCGUUUGGAUCGUAAUGCAUAAUUUCAAACCACGGUUGGAACAUUCUUACAUCUGUUUUGCUGAAUCUCCUAGUAAAAGUCAUUUUUUUAGUAAUACUGUAUGCUUACAAAAGCUGUAAAAAUGAACUUUUAAAACUCCCACCAGCUUUUAACAGUACAGUGUUAAAUAUACUGUGAUUUUUGUUAAUCUCAAGUUUGGGUUUUUAAAGACAGCAAGUCUGGUCAUUCAGUUUAAAUGAAUGGUUAUACUGUUUUUAAUGAAAUAAGCCAUUUUUCUUGUUGUUUUCAGUGCUAUAGAGUGGGAUUUAUUUGGUCAGGUUUCCCCAGCUUUUAUCAACUUAAUGUAAGGUAAAAAAAAAUAGAUGCUCUUUUCAAAACUUCUGUUUUAUAUAUGUAAUUGUCCUUGAAAAGAAAGGGCUCAACAAAUUAGGAUAUCAUUUUGGUUGGUUUUAAAUUAUUUUUCUUUGGUGAUAAAGAUUUAAUAUAAGUUUUAAAUUCUAAAGUUCAGGAUAUUUUUUAUUUGACAUAAGUGAAGAAAUGAAGUUUUCUCUUCCCUUCUCCAUCAGACACACUUCCACAUAAUACACUAUUAGUAUUAAUCUCCACAGCCCCUUAUUUUAUUGUUUCCAAUAAUUCCAAGUUCAUAGAGAACUGAUAAUGUAGCAAGCCCCAAAUAUACUAAUAGGCAAACUGCUCCCAACUUUCUGUCUAGUUUCCAUCCAUUGAAGUGAACUGCUAAAAAAAGAAAAAGAAUUGAAAUGUUGAGAGAAAUGGUUAUAUAAGUUAGUCCUCCGCUGUUCACUUCUAUAGGAGCAGAGGGAUGUAUAAAUGCAGUUUUAAUAAACCAUGGGACACCUAGGCACAGCAUGUCAAACACAUUAGAUCCCACAAUGUUAGACAUAGCCAUAUCUCCUUUGCCUGUUAAAAAAAAAAAAGGCAUGUUGUUAAAAAUGUACAUACCAAUACUGUAUUUUAUUAAUAAGGUUCAUAAGUGAAAACACUGGAUUUUUUUUUGUUUGUUGGGUUUGGAAAAUUGUUUAGAGCAAAAGACUUACUGAAUUUGUAUAUUUUAAUUUUGGAGUGGUAGUAUUUAAAGUCUUAACAUUUAUUUAUCUAAUAAUAAUUAUCUUUAUUUAUUAAACCAUUUUCCA